AUGAAGAUCGCCUUCCUGUUCGUGCUUGCCAUGGAAUCGGCCUGCGUGGUUCAGAGCCAGAUGAACCCAUUGGGCUCGGGACUUCAGCGGUUGAUGGUGGGCCUCUUCGGUGCCCGCGGAGGCGGCCGUUACGGCAACCCGGGAGCCGCCUACGUUCAACACGGUGCCGCUCCUCAAGGCAACCUGCACCAGUCGGCCUACGCUGGUUAUGGAGCACCAAUGAGUGGUAACCACGUGAGGUCCCGGCCCAUGUUCAACAACGGCAUGCUCCCUUUCACGGGCGGUCAUCGUCGAGGUACGCCGUUCCGGCCAGCGCACUCUAGUCGCUGGCGGCGCCAUUCGGGCUACCCCGAGGACCUGGUGUCGCGCGGCUUCUACCUGGUGCGACGUCAGGACGAGGACCUGUGCGUCAUGCGAGCCAGCUGCGAGGCGGCCGCCAAGCCCGGAGAGUACGGCAGUGAGGGAGAGCUCGCCGUCCAGUUCAUCCUGUCCCUACGUCACGACGGACAAGCCCCGUGGCAGCCGUACUUGCUGUCGGCGCGCGUGGGCCAGGCGCACCGAAGCCUGCAGCUGUGCCGGCGCAUCUUCCGGGGCUGCCUGCUCGCCAAGGAGCAGCUGAGCCGCACCACGCGCGAACGCCUGCUCAAGGCCAUCCGCUGCCUGAACAGCCGACAGUGCUAGCAGAAGGCGGCGAGGAUCCGGACCUUGCUGACCCAGUGAUGCUCGGCGUGCAAGCGGGGGUAGGAAUGUAGCUAAUCGCUAUACUCUUACACACGGCAAAUUUCAUGAAAGUGCCAAUUUUUUUUUUUACUUGCAACCGGUACUCUUUGUCUUGCAUCGUGGUAUAAUAUGCACCAUAUUGUUGUCAUUUACCUUAACCAAUGCUAAUAUGAGGCGUAAGGUAGUGUGAAUCCGAAAGCUUAUACGCCAAGAAGAGGAAAUUGUGGUGCGCAAGCGAAACACCGGUAACUGCGCGGUGGGUGUAAUGUUACGCCGUGUAUAACUUGACCUCUGGCGACAGUGUUAAGGGCACAUUGUCCUUGCAAGUUUUCGUACGAUUGAUGCUUCUCUCAUACCUAACCAAGAUUGGUCAUACCAAAACAUCCAAGCGCACCAGUUAUUUGUAAAUAUAAGCGAACAUGGGCACCAAUCAUGAAAGUUACCGCGUGUGGACUUUAUGCCGCGGGAGGCUUGAAGUCGUGAAGUCGUCGAUUACAGUCCUCCUGUGGUUUGCGUUUAAAGGUACUACCCCGUACGCGUGCCCAUUCCGCACAGUACAGAUGCUACCUACGUCUGCGUCGACUAGUGACAAAUAUUUGUGGUGUGGCGUAUGCUGUACAUCUGUGCCAGAAAUGUCUGGAAACCCGUAACUUCUAUUGCCACGGCAUCCGGGCUUCCAGAAAUUUUGGCUUUACGGGCUUUCAGAAAUUUUGGCAGCUUCUCCGACGCCAUUGUAAUCGCGGCUCGGAUGGGACCAUAGCAGGCGCUGUACUUCAACGCUUAGUUUUACUGUACCUACUGCGAGUGUUUACAACUGCGUUAGUA